GAACCUGCUAAUUAGAGAGCUUUGUAAUUAGACACUCUGGAUAGCCUAGCAGCAUCUGGCUAUUUGAGGCCAGACAUUCAUAAGGUGAUAAAGAAUAGCAAAUCCACACAAAUACAUCCUGCUGACUUCUUUCUUCACCCUGCUAAUCUGCUAAGCUAAACAUGUGCUGAAUCCAAAGGUUUAAAGCAUAAAACACAAAACUGUCCUGAGACUCUGCCUUUGAUCAAAAUGUUGACCAAAAUAUGUUUGCUUUCAUUGCUGUGACUGAGUUUGACUGAAGGUUCUCCUGUGUUUUUAAACGUUGACAGGCCAUGGAUUCCAGCCCCCUGCUCAGACAGCAAAGGAACCCUCACAGCUGGGGAGCUUCGGGAUCCAGCCCCCGGCCACUCUGCUUGCUGCACGAAGCCUGUGGGUCCCUGGCCCCCCCCCCGCCCUGCCGGCCAAGGCCUAGUCACAGCCAGCCUGCUCACUGCUCUGAUGCUGUACCAUGUGCUCGGGGCCCAGCUGAUCAUCAAGCAGGCAAGCCGCUUCCUCACACUCACACAGCCCGGGGGACCACUAGUCCAACCCCUGCCCACUGACCAAUAUUCACUAAAAUGAAUUAUCCUCAUAAUCCUAUUCAUCUUUUCCAGAUCAUAUAAAUUAUAUGCAACAUGCAGAAAAAGGAAUGGCAUGCAGAGUGCUACAUCUUCCUGUGUCACAACACUGGGUCCUGGCUCUGGAUGUUCAGCUGAAGCAGUUGCCAUAGUGAUUUGGACUGAGGAUCUGCUUAUUCCUACAGAAUUAUCAGAUAACAUAGUUAUGUUCAGGACAAACACCUAGCAUUUACCAGCAUUGUAUAAAUUAUAAUGCACACGUGGCUCUGUGAAAAUAUGAACUGACCUUGAGACCAUGCAUGUAAACUGUUUGUGUAACUUGAUACACAAAAAUAAACAAUACUAUAAAAUAAAUGCUUGGUGUUAUUUUGGUUAUUAUUAGGGAAUUUCCUUCCAUUGACACUAAAAAACAUCCAUCUGUUAAAUCACUAAGUACAUUUUUACACUGCAGGACUCAAAUUCAUAAAGCAAAUACACUGGGCAUUGACCCAGAAGUUUCACGUAGCAUGAAGUGCAAUUGCAAGACACCCUAAAACUAGAGUAAUCUACUCUACGUACAGUCCGAAUCGGAAACUCUACACACAUAUAUAUGUUUUUCACUUCAAUUUUUGUACAGUUUGUCAAAUAUAAGACUUCGACCAGUAGUCAGCACAUAUUUAAUACACAGUUAACAUAAUAGGUACUCUUGAAGUCUUAUAAUUUAGAAGUAGUAAGUACUCUAGAAGCUAUUAGAAGUCAUAUAAUCUCAGAACUUUCAUUUGAACAUUUUUUUUUUUACAUCAAUGCAACGAAUCACAUGACCUGGAAUAAGCUGUUGGAGUUUUGCUCAUGCCCUCACGGGACGAGUUCCUCGUACCUGCUGUACACACUGAGACCGGCAGAGAAAUCCCUUAUCCCAGAAUACUAUAUAAAGUGCUCUUUUCACAGGGGCUGACUGAAGCCUUCACUCACCACAGAGAGUCCGGCAUGCUGCUCUGCACUCUGAUGGUGCUCUAUGUCCUUGGAGCAAAGGGACAAAUACCUUGCCAAAUACUGGGGACCCCCGAGUACCCCCAGCUUUCCAAGAAAGGAGACGUCGUAAUUGGAGCAGCGUUCUCCAUUCACCGCAAAAUCUCACUGCCAGCUCUUUCCUUCAGAAACAAACCACAAUCUCCAUCUUGCUCCAGCUUAAACCUGAGAGAAUUCCGCUUUGCUCAGACCAUGACCUUCGCCAUUGAGGAAAUAAACAACAGCAGCAGCCUGCUCCCGAAUGUGACCAUUGGUUAUGAGAUCUAUGACAGCUGUAGUACCACCUUGGUCUCCAUGCGGGCUGCAAUGUCGCUAGUGAAUGGGCAGGAACAGACGGCACAGCAGUGCUCGGGCAAAGCGGCAGUGCAUGCCAUUAUCGGGGAGUCAGAGUCUUCCUCGACCAUAGCAAUAGCAAGGAUCACCGGGCCUUUUCAUAUUCCAGUGAUCAGUCACUUUGCCACCUGUGCAUGUCUAAGCAACAGAAAAGAGUUCCCCAAUUUCUUCAGGACCAUUCCCAGUGACUACUACCAGAGCAGAGCACUGGCUCAGCUGAUCAAACACUUUGGCUGGACCUGGGUGGGGGCUGUCAGGAGUGACAACGACUAUGGCAACAAUGGGAUGAGUGUCUUUGUAGAGGCUGCCCAAGAUGAGGGUGUGUGCAUUGAAUACUCAGAGGCCAUUUUACGAAAUAAUCCAAGACAAAGAAUCUCAAGGGUUGUUGAAGUCAUUAAAAGGUCCACAUCAAAGGUACUGCUAGCAUUUCUGGCCCAGGGUGAAAUGGAGGUCCUGCUGGAGGAGAUUAUACUUCAGAAUGUGACAGGUCUUCAGUGGGUUGCCAGUGAGUCCUGGAUCACUGCCCGAUAUCUAGCCACCCCCAGAACCUCAGCUGUGAUAAGCAGUGCCAUCGGCUUCACUAUCAGCAAGUCUAAGAUACCUGGCCUUAAAGACUUCUUGGUCAAAGUCCAUCCAUCUAAAAAUCCAACAAAUGCACUGUUGAGAGAGUUCUGGGAGACUGCAUUUGAGUGCCAGUUCUCCCCUCCAAAUGAAACAUCCAGCAUCAAGCCUUGUACAGGUUCUGAGGAACUGGGAGAGCUGAGUAAUCAGUAUACUGAUGUCUCAGAGCUGAGGAUCUCCAACAAUGUCUACAAGGCAACGUAUGCUGUGGCUCACGCCCUCCACAACUUACUGAACCAGACCAGUGUGAGAAAGGAAGACAUUGAAGCAGCUCAGGUGAGGCAUUACUUACAACGAGUUAAUUUUACGACACCCAAUGGUGAGAAUGUAAAUUUUAAUCCCAAUGGUGACCCAAUGGCAAGAUAUGAACUAGUGAACUGGCAGAAAGGAGAGAAUGGAGAAACAAAGUUUAUCACAGUGGGUUACUAUGAUGUGUCAAUGCCUGUUGGAAAACAAUUUGUAAUGAACAGUGCCAGUAUUGUAUGGGCAGGAGAGUCAUCCGUGAAACCCAAGUCAGUGUGCAGUGAAAGCUGUCAAGCUGGUGCCCGACAGGCCACGAUUCGAGGCAAACCCAUAUGCUGCUUCUCCUGUAUCCCAUGUGCUUCUGGUGAGAUCAGUAACACAACAGAUUCAACUAAAUGCUUAAAAUGCCCACUUGAAUAUUGGUCGAAUGAAGGUCACACAGAAUGCAUCCACAAGAAGGUGGAGUUCCUCUCAUUUGAAGAAACUAUGGGAAAACUGCUAACAGCUAUCUCAGUCAUCGGAGUUGGUUUAACGGCAGCGAUAGCAUUAAUUUUCUUCCGUUUUGUGGACACGCCCAUCGUCAGAGCCAACAACUCUGAGCUGAGCUUCCUGCUGCUCUUUUCCCUGACCCUGUGUUUCCUCUGCUCACUCACGUUCAUCGGCCGACCCUCUCGCUGGUCCUGUAUGCUGCGCCACACGGCGUUUGGCAUCACCUUUGCACUAUGCAUUUCCUGUGUUCUUGCAAAGACUAUAGUAGUAGUAAAUGCUUUCAAAGCCUCUGUGCCUGGAACUAAUGUUUUACGGUGUUCUGCACCCUUACAGAGGCUUAGUGUGUUUGGCUGUACUCUCCUGCAGGUGCUGAUAUGUACACUAUGGAUAGCAUUAGCCCCACCAGUACCAAACAAAAAUACUGCAUAUUUCACUGAGAAGAUCAUUCUAGAGUGUGAUGUGGGGUCAGCAGUGGGCUUCUGGGCUGUGCUGGGGUACAUUGGUCUCCUCUCUGCCCUGUGCUUUGGUCAGCGAGCACGCAGCACCCCGGGAACAAUCUCUCAAACCCCGAUUACAACAGGGAUGCUGCACGCUGGCUGA